GCACAUAGUUAAACCAGCGUCCAGCCCCCACCUUUCGGCUUCUCAUCUUCUUUCCCGAUCUUGUUACUGAUCAUCUCUCUCCAUGGCCGACGACCUCCCCCCAUUCGACAAGAUCUCCAUCCCGGGCCCCGUCCUCGCUGCCAUCCUCCACCGAUGCUCCUCCUCCUCCGGCGACUCCAACGGCCUCCUCUUCGGCCGCGCUGUCCCUCUCCCUCCUCGCGAACCCACUGAUGACCUCGGCCCUUCCCCUUCCCCAACCCUCGCCGCCGUCGUCACCUCCCAUCUCUCCUCAUCUUCCCCUGCGUCCUUUUUCGACCCUCUUGGCCGCAUCGAUUCCAAUUCCUCCUUCCUGUGUUCUCCUCCCGUCCCCGGCUCACACCUCAUCGGCUGGUUCUCUGCUCGCCGUCGUUCCCCCCUCCGCCCCUCUAUGCGCGAGCGCGCUGUCUCACUCUCGCUCUUCAAGUCUGUAAUCCAGGAUUCCGCCGAUUUCAGCGCUAGACCCUCCGUUUUUCUCCUCUUGUCGUCGUUGGAGUCGGGGAACCAAGCCGUACACACGCAUGACUACCGCGCGUUCGUUAUCUGCCCCAGCGGCGCUCUGGAACCGCGAUCGGUGAGUAUCGUCAACGUUGGCCCGGCUUUCCGGGGCCAGUAUGGGGCGUUUACUCCUGAGUCACCGUUCCCUUGGAUUCCGAUGGCACCGAGGUGGAAAGAUGAUGAUGGGGGGGAGAGACGGAGUCUCAAUGGCCUUCGGCAAGUGGCACAUGAGCAGCGGGUGCUCGAUGUCUCUGCGGAGGGGUUCGGAAUUGAGAGGUUGGGGAUUUUGGUGGGAGAUGGGGCUGCGGAGUAUACUUCGGAGGUGGAGGAUUUAUAUAAGAAGAUGCUUGUUAAACUUGAGGGCCUCGCCCGGAAUGUGGAGGAGAGCAAUGUUAGGGUUUUGGAGCAGGAAAGUAGGAACAUUGAGUUGCGAAAAAAGCUAGCUGGGUUGGAUUAGUUCAUGUUGAUUGUUAUAAUUUUGGCUGGAGAUGGUUCAAUGAUCAGUGGUAUAGAUAAAAGACUUCAGAGAGAAUGACCAGAACUCUGGUCCAUUAAACCAUCGGUCAGAAAUUAUCUCAGACCCUAUAGAACUUGUAUCUUAUUCUGACCAGCCAUAGAGUCCAUUGUUACCUUCUGAAGUCUGUUCCAUGCCAGUGUGGUGGCGUUUUGUUAAUAUGCAUUUUGAGGGUUGAAUUCUGAAGAAGAAAUUUAUCAAGCAGGUUGGUUGGGAAGCUUUUGAGGCUUUAGUAAUAGAAAGGGAUGGGAACUUAAAAAAAUCAAAAUGACAAUAGGCUCUUCUUGCCUGGACUCUUUUUUUUCUUUUUUUUUUUAUCAUUGACAAGUGAUGGUUAGUAACUUGGGUUGUAAUGGCCGUUUUGCUGUCUGUGUUUACCACCAGGGCUGGAGCGUUUCUGAGAAAUUCUCAAUUUUCUACUACCGCAAUUUACCCUCCUCUCUAUCUCAGGUGGUAAAUGUUGCUUUUGCCGAAAUGUUUUUCAGUGUGGGAAA